CUACAAAAUAAGGUAAGCUGUAUGGAUGAUGUAAAUGCGACCACCUGUACCGGCUCUGUUAUUGACUUAACGUGCAUCAGUGAACUGACACGGACUUGACACGCGAGGUACGUUCACGUAACCUUGCUGUUGCAAUUCUGGGAAAGCGCGACGGGGAUGCGGCACGCGCGGAUGCAUGGCCAGGCACGGUGCUCUCCGCGCGCUGCUCCUGCUGCUGCUGCUCGUGGCCGCGGGGGCGUGCGCAGGGGCCGCGGAACGCCUCGCGUGGCUGCUGGCGGACAAGGGGCCGUUCCGCCGUGCGCACGAGUUCACCGACUUCUCCGAGCGACACCAACACGGCUUCACCACCCGCUACAAGAUUUACAGGGAGUUCGGUCGAUGGAAGGUAAACAACUUAGCUGUGGAGAGGCAGGAAGCAGUACCCUUUGACCCUGAGUUUGUGCGCAACAUCAGGCAGUUGGGGCGGCGGCCGAACCUGCAGACGAUCGCGGACAAUAUCAUCAAGAAGUAUGGCACACACUUCCUGGUCUCAGCCACUCUUGGAGGCGAGGAAUCCUUGACUAUUUUCGUGGAUAAGAGGAAGCUGAGCGAAGCUCCUUCAAGCAGAGACGCCGCUAACAGCACGCUGACACUCGAGGCCCUCCAUCACCUUGCCGCCUCCUACUUCAUCGACCGAGACAGCACGCUGAGGAAACUGCACCACCUUCAGAUCGCCUCGGCGGCCAUCAAGGUAACUGAGACGAGGACCGGCCCACUCGGCUGUAGCAACUACGACAACCUCGACUCCGUCAGCUCCGUUUUGGUCCACAGCCCCGAGAACAGAAUUCAUCUCCAAGGCCUCCAGGUACUUUUGCCGGAGUACCUCAGGAGCCGGUUCGUGCAAGUGGCUCUGAGUUACAUCGGAUGCAACGGCGAAGGCCAGUUCAUGUGCCGGGACAACGACUGCUGGUGUCAGUGUAGUGAAGGACAUCCGCAGUGCAACUGCCCCCAAGCCAGCCUCCGAGCACAAUACAGCAACCUGGAGCACAUCAACCAAGCCUGGAAUCAAACCAACCAGGGGUUUGAGCAAUCAGAUGAGUUCCAGGCUUUCAUGGUCCAAUUGUCGACACAUGCAGCCCUGAAUUUGUCAUCGGUGUGGCGCGCAUGGAGGAGCGAUGCGUUGCUGCUAAAGCGCUACAGGAAGUUGGAGAGCGAAACCGUUUCCCUCCUCAAGAAGGCACAAGAAUGCGCCGCUAAGCUCUUCAGCCUCAGCCGGAGGUGUCGCUCGCAACCCAAAAUAAUCCUGCCGAGGGAAAGGCGUCUCGGUUACUGGCUACAACGCGCCCUUUCCCUUCUGUACUGCGCUGAAGCUGACAGUCCGGGAAUCUACUCGGAGGUGAUGCGUAGCUGCGUGUGCCCGGGUGGACACCUGACCUGCCAGGGUUUGAUCCCUUGUUCAUUGGGUACAGGAAGUCGUUGUGCAUCGUGCUCUCUGGAAAAUAGAACGCGCUGCUCAAGCUGCAACAGCGGCUUUGCGUUAAGCCAUGGAUUGUGCCGUCCUGCAGCUCCAAGCCCCACCAAGCAGUAUCUCGGCACUGAGAUGGAAAUGCCCGACUUGGAGUUGCGCGAUCUACUAGAGCAGCGUGACAGCCAACUAGCCUUAUCUGCUGUCUUCAUCAGCAGCGAUGUCAAACUCAACACCUGGUUUGAACCUUCAUGGAGAAAAAGGAUGCUCCUGACUCUAAAGAGCAAUAAAUCCAAGUCAAGUCGCGUGCACAUGCUGCUAGGAAUUUCGGCGCAGAUUUGUAUGACUAAGAACUCGACCCUGGAGCCAACGCUCUCCGUUUCGGUGAACCCGUUCGGCGGGAGUCACUCAGAGAGCUGGACAAUGCCAAUGAACCAAAACGGGUACCCUGAUUGGGAGAAAGUGAGGUUAGAUACCCCGACAGACUGCUACAACUGGACUUUGUCAUUGGGAAACCGUUGGAAGAGCUUCUUUGAAACGAUCCAUUUCUACCUGAGGAGCCGAAUCCAGAGUGACGGUGCUCAAGGGAACGAGACAGCCGAACCUGAGGCGGCGAACAGAAACGGCUCACACCAUUCCGGCUACAUGAAAAUGAACAGAAUUCAGCUGUUCGGAUAUAGCGUGCACUUUGACCCAGAAGCCAUUCGAGAUUUGAUCUUGCAACUGGACUAUCCGUACACACAGGGAUCUCAGGACUCAGCGCUGCAGGAGUUGAUGGAGAUCCGAUACCGAGUCAAUCGUUUAUCUCCUGCCGGAGCGACACCUCUGGACCUUUUUUCGUGUCUUCUCCGACACCGACUCAAACUCUUGACUUCAGAGGUGUCGCGAAUACUCGUGGCUCUGCAGGCUUUUGGCGCCAAACACAGAUACUACACAGAGUACGAAGCAGUCAAACUUUGUAGCUAA